AUGAGCUUUUUGGGCCCGAAACUACUACUUAAGAUAGAUAACCGUUUACGCCAAGCAUUCCCUAACAAACAACAUGACAACUUUGGUGGCGUGUCCAUGAUUCUUGUUGGUGAUCUUGCUCAGCUUCCCCCUGUUAUGGAUAAACCUAUAUAUGCUUCACACUCUACAGCCCUCAGUUUAUGGCAUUCUUUUACUAUUGUCAUAACAUUGGAUACUAUUUUCCGCCAGCAAGGUGCAUCUAUAAGACAACAACAAUUCAGAGCACUUCUUCACAACUUAAGAAACGCUCAAGCACUCCAACAUGAUUGGCAGUUUCUAAUGUGCCAGACAAAUGCAACAUUAACUAUUCAACAAAAGAAAGAUUUCAACUCUUCAAUCCACUUGUUUGCAACAAAUGAAUCUGCACGCUUGCAUAACAGGAAAAUGCUCAAAGAAUUAAAUUUGCCUGUCGCUCUAAGUUUAGCUAAAAUUGCUAAGCAAACAAAUACUGAAUAUGACACCAAUGAACAGCUACCAUUGGAAGUAUUACUUUCUAUUGAUCAGCAAGUGAUGUUAAUAGCUAACUUGUGGAUCAAAGUUGGCCUUGUUAAUGGUGCUAUUGGUCUCAUAAAACAAAUUGUAUAUGAAAACAAUACAAAACCACCAGACUUGCCAAAAUAUGUGGUUGUCCAAUUCAAUGAUUAUAAUGGACCUCCAUGGGAUAUAGCACAUCCAAAAGAUAUACCCAUUUUGCCAAUAACGCGAGGUAGGCGUAUGCAAGUGCCUUUAACAAUGUCUUGGGCCAUCACUAUUCACAAAUCCCAAGGUCUUACAUUAGAUACAGCUACCAUUGACAUAGGUAAUACUGAAAAGCAAGGCCUCACAUUCACAGCUAUUUCCAGAGUCAAGACAAUUGAUGGAAUACGGAUCGAACCACCAUUCUCUUUUGAAAGGUUUUCCAAACUGCAAAAUAAUCCUUAUACAACCAUUAGAAAGAAAGAAGAAACUCGUUUGCAGCUACUCUCUGCGCAAACAGAUAUCUAUUCACCUUAA